UCUAUAUAUCUCAGUUUACUCCUUAGUUCCGACGCGAAGUGACGGCUAUUUUACCAGCAAAACUGGAUACUUAGGAACUAAGGAAACAAACCGUACAUUAAUAUCUAUUUAUCUUAAUAAUUAAUACGUUCUCUUUUCUACUUUAUUUCAAACGCAGCGGAACACAAAAGGCAAACUUGAGCUAAGAGUAGGAUUACGUACCGUACUAGAAAAUUCCAUACAAGUCCUUGAUGAGAAAUUGAUAUUCCAGCUGAGUUUAAUUCCUGAUGACCAUCAUGUCUCCAACGGUUACCAGAAUCCUUCUGCUGCUCCUAUUCACUGGCACCGUCUUAUCCAUUGACAUUGAUUGUAGUUCCAUGGCACCAGUCUCCGCAUCAAUUACUCCACAGUCAGGAUCCUGCCCUUUUAAAAUUCAUGUUUCGUCCAAAUUCUACAAGCCUAAUGUUGCAUUGACAGUGACUGUGUCAUCUAUAGAUGGCAGUAAAUUUCAAGAUUUCCAGAUUGUAGCCAGGAAACUUUCUGGUAAUGAUAACAAGCCCCAGGGCACAUUCCUGGGUGCUGAACGAGCGGUUAUGAUCCAGAAUUGUAAAGAAGUAUCAGGUGAUGGCUAUGUGAAGACCAACAACAAACUAUUAUCAAAUAUUUCCUUUUUCUGGACUGUGGAUAAAUAUGUUGGCCAUGUCUAUUUUCUUUUUACCAUUUCAAGAGAUUUCCAAACCUUCUGGAUUAGAGAAAGGUCAGCAAUAGUUCUUGACCACACUAAGGACCUACCUUUACCAAAAGUACCCCAAGAGAACAUCGUUCCCUUAACGAAGCAGAUCAAUACAGCCGACUGUGGCAAGACUCGUGGUUGCUAUCGGGAGCCAGAAGGAUGUUGGGAGCUGAACUGCAAGUACAUUGUAACCUGGAAGAGCAUUGACAAUGUCAUAGAGGUGGAAAUGAGUAUGGCUACAGGCCGAAUUCACAAUGUCUGGAUGACAUUUGCUCUCUCUGAUGAUACAUAUGAGGGUGAUGAUUAUGCGUUUGACUGCAUUGAGGAUUUCAAACAUGGAGUCGUAUCUGUUUCACUUUCCUACAUCAGAGGAGUAAACGAUAUCAUGGAAUUAAAAGAGCCCAAAAAAGGAAUUGUCUUUGAAACUGGAUCCCACUACAACAACCGUCUACGAUGCUUGUUCCAUAUCCAGAAAAGUGCUGGCAACAAACAUGACUACAUGUUGAAGGAAGGCAAAUGGCACGUGUUGUUGGGCGGAGGUAAAGCAUGGGACGGUAAGAAGACAGAACACGGUCUUGGCAUUGGUCGUGUACCAAUUGUCUCAGUGGAAGAAGUGGACCUGUCAGAAACUGAAGAUAUCUCUGGUAUUUCAAGAUACCCCAUUGCUAAAGCUCAUGUAAUUCUGAUGAUAUUGGCCUGGAUAGUGUGUGCUCCUAUUGGCUGCUUAAUGUCAAUGUACUACAAGAGAAUGUGGCCCAACAGUCGCUUCCUUGAAAAACGAUACUGGUUUGUGGUCUACUGGCCCUGUAUGGUGUCAGUGUUUGUGCUCAUGAUUUUGGCUUUCAUCCUUUUCUUUGUGGAUGCAGGAGGAUAUGUUGAGGCUCCCUAUCUCCCACUCAGAGCUCAUCCAAUCAUGCUGAUUGUCGUCUUUGUGUGUGUCCUAAUAAUCCCGAUAAUAAUGUUGUUGAUUCGAUGUACAGACGGCUGCCUUCAGUUUAUCUUCAACAUCAUCUGUUUCAUUCUCUGCCUGGUGACUCUCAUUUUGGCCAUUCCAACCUUACUGAUCAGUCUAGACUAUGGCAGAUACUACAUACCCUGGUGGAUUACAUGGUUCCUUGUUGCCAUCAUGAUAAUCCAGCUUAUUAUUGAUAUUCUACUUAAGAUUCAUGACUUCUGCUAUUACGAAAAGAACGAAGAACGCCGCGAAAAAUAUGAAUACUCAAAGAGGGAGAAUCCAAAAUUGUACAUCCCAGAACCGCACCCCGUUGGCCGACGCUUCAAGAAGUGUUGUCUGUUUAUUCAUGUGUUCUUCACCGUAGUGCUGUCAGUUAUUGUUAUAAUCGUGAUCGCUGCCGCCUAAUGGAUUAACGGAUUAACUCUCUGCAACAACCUGCCACCAAAUGAUUCUCUAAAUCCUGCCUUACAUCACAAUCACCACCACCACCAUCAUACCGGCAAACUGCAGUCUUGCGAGGGAUAUGUUUGCUGCUGUUUUUGGUUAUCAUUGUGGAUUGUUAUACAUCGAUACUGAAGAUAAAUGGUGCUAUUUUGCAGACAAAAGAUUUUUUUUUUCUGGAAAAAAAAAGAAAAAAAAAAAGAACGUUUUAGAAAAGAACCCUAAUGCGAAGUCUCUUAUAGAACAAAUUCAUACAGUUAUAAACAGAAAAGUCCAGACACACACACACACACAUAUUUACUAAUGUAUAUAUAUAUUGUACCCCAGUUUUAUUAGUUGAAAUCACAUAUAAAAUAAUGCGACAUAUAUGAGAAAAUACAAAGUGUGUAUGUGUGCAUAUAUCGUUGCUAUUAUGUUAAAGUGUCAUAUGUCCAAAAUUUGAGCAAAUGCAUUUUUCAUCAAUAUUUAUUUUUGCUUGCAAUAGCCGGUUCGUUUAGUCAAACUAUCGUAUCUCCAGCUGCUUCAGAUGUCAAGAUAUGAAAAUUGUCAACGUGUAGUACAACGGUUUUGCUAUGGAAUUGUGAAACUAUUUUUUUCGUUUUCUGAAAAGCAAUGUUUUGGACUUAGGACACUUUUGCAUAAUAGCAAUGAGAUAUAUAUAUAUAUAUAUAUAUAAGCACAAUUAAAGGUUACAAACGUCAUUCGGGGAUAGCAAAAUCCUAUGAAAGUACUGGUUAAUUACCUAUCCAAAGAGUAUUGAACAUUAUAUUUAAUACUCGACUGCAAGGUAACUAUAUAAACCAUGGUUUAUAUAUAUUUUAUCUAUUAUGAGAAAAUAGAGAGGUAAUUAAUAAAUAAUAAUUUAUUAAUUUAAAAAUCGACAAACAUCCCUUAGAGCAGUUUCAAUUCAGACCCUCGGAAAAUUAGUUGAAUUAGAAAUUAUUUUAAAGUCGAAUCUCUUCAGAGGUAGAUAAAGAUAUACGAAAUAGGUGUUCUAUUUCCUCAUAUUGAGUAAAUGGCUGCUAAUUACCUCUCUGUUCUCUUAUAUACAUAUAUGUCACACAGGAAACAGAAGAAAAAUAUAUAUUUAGUUGCAUACAUGAAAUUGUCUAGUGACUCAGAAGAUAUGGAAACCAGGGAUAUACAGUAAUACUAAAACAUGCUUGAAUAUUUCUCUUCACCAGUUUAAAAGUAUAUUUUAAAAUAAAAAAAAAAAAGUAGAACUCCCAAGUCAGAAAGAGAAAAAUCAAGCCAAUAAAUGACUCUCUAAUCAAAAUUAUAUAUAUAUGAAAACGUUUUUGUUAAAAAUACUAGAUCCAAUCAUAUUUAAAAGAUUUUCUGAAAAAAAAAACCGGAAUGAUACAAACCUUUUGGAAGAAAGCUCUCAUAGUGUGUGUAAGCGCUUUCACUGUUAAAUUUUUUCCAAACACUUGUGGCGAGGUAAUUUGUAUAAUGGAAGUUCUCCUUAGUUGCAGUGUUGACUAUUUCUGGCUUAGUUUUGGAUGUAGAAUUAUUAUAAUGCAUUCUAAUUUUGCUUUUCGUAGUUCAUCAUUUUCGUUUUUAAUUUUGAAUUUUCUAUUUGCACAAUAUGCAAACUUCCUUCUGAAAGAUUUGUAUCAUUCUCUCAGGAUUAUCUCUGCAACUAAUGGUCUUAUGUCCUAAAAUGCUCAAACAUUAAAAAUAAUUUUACACACACAUAUACACACAUACCGAUUAGUGCUGAAUAUACAGACAUAUAACUACCAUCUGAAUUGCAUGUGAUGCUUCAUAUUUUAACAUGGCACAUGGAAGUUAAAUGAUGGCAAUCUGCUUUCUUAAAUUCUUAAAAUAUAAUUUAAAACAAAUCAAAACACAAAAAAAAAAAAAAACUUUAUAAAUUUUCAAUGCUUUCUUUUCUGGGUUUCUUUUUCAAACCUAAAGAUCUGUCUCGUCGCUAAGAUUUUUCUUGGAACAAACAGUUCUACAUUGAUAUAUAUAUAUGUAUAUAUAUUAUUUGUUAUAUUUAUUUAUAAUUUAUGUAGUUAUAUGCAUCUGCUUUUUCUCCACACACCCGCAACGAUCUGAAUCUUAUUUUCUUAUUUCACAAUUCUCUCGUUUUUAUACAGUAUUUGUACUCUGUCGACUGUAGCAUUUGUUUUGGCUGUUUCUCUCUAUGUCUGCUAUUUGUGUGCACUUUCUAUGUAUAUCUAUAUAUAUAUAUAUACAUACAUACACAGAGAGAGAGAGGUGCAGGAGUGGCUGUGUGGUAAGAAGUUUGCUUCCCUACCACAUGGCUCCGGGUUCAGUCCCACUGCGUGGCACUUUCGGUGAGUGUCUUCUAUAACCUCGGGCUGACGAAAGUCUUGUGAGUGGAUUUGGUCGAUGGAAACUAAAAGAAGCCCAUCGUGUGUGUGCGCCCCAAUAGCUAACAUUUAAUUAUUGGAUUAUAUAUAUAUAUAUUAUAUAUAUAAUUUUGGUGAUCUACUCAGAGGUCGUGUUAAAAUUGGUACCAACAGUUAGUCUUUUUUUAUUGGUUUACAACUCGAAUUUUGUAACUGGUCACAAACUACAUCUAUUUUAUAAUUUGUAAUAAAACUUGUAAAAAAAUAUGAGGGAUUUCAACUGAAACUUUGUAUAGUGUGGCAGUAAUUGAUAUAAGUUUGCUCUCUUUUGACCAUUAUGUAUUUAAAAUCAAUGGAGGAGCUAAAAAUAAAGCAAAAUCAUUUUUUAUUACAAUAAAUCUGUUAUUAUUAUUAUUAAAAAAUUCCGUUGAGUUCGACUUUGCCUUUCAUCCCUUUGGGGUCGAUUAAAUAAGUACCAGUUACGCACUGGGGUCGAUGUAAUUGACUCGUCCUUCUCCGAAAUUUCAGGCCUUGUGCCUAUAGUAGAAAGGAUUAUUAUGAAAGUGGCGAGGUUUGAAAAAAACGCUUAGUAACUGACUUAGCCAUUCCCUAAAAUUAUUGUGGAAAAACACACACACACACACACACACACGUGCUAAAUACCAUAGAUGCCUUUGUAAUAUAUAGUUAUGGCUGUUUUAUGCUCUGAGUUGAAAUUUUUACUGAGGUUAACUUUGCCUUUCAUCCUGUCGGAAUUUAGAGAUCAAGGUACUUAAUCAAGAACUGGGGUUUCUAGAGUGAGAUGGGGGGACGAUUAAAUUAACCAAUUCCUUUUCUCUAAUUUCAGGUCUUGUGCCUUUGUUACAUUCAGUUAUUGUUAAGAACUGUAGAUUGUCAGAACCAUUAGAGUUUGACAUUUCUAAGUCAGUGUUUCUCAGCCGCAGAUCCUGGGGUCGCAUGUGACCCUCAACAGUCUUCCUUCUUUAAAUAUAAUAAAUUUUUCUUCGACUUGUAAUUUACCUUUUAUGGUACCCCCCCCCCCAAUCCAGUCUUGGAUACGAUAAAGGUUGAGAACCGCUGUACUAAGUUCAAAUCUUAAGAAGGUCAACCUUACCUUUCGUUCUUCCAGCAUCCUCCCAACAUCGCUACAGCAAAGUACCAGUCAAGAACCGAGGUCAGUGUGUAAUCGAUUGUGCCAUUGUACUCCACUCUGUUACUUUCUGUGCCUUGUACCUAAAUUAGAAAAACUUAUUUGAAUUAUCUGUAUCCCAUAUUUGACGGUACUAUAAGAUGCACUUUUAUCUCUCCAGAAAAAUGUCCCUGAGGUUAACAUUGCUUUUAAUCCUGCCGGAGUCAAUAGAAUAAUGUACUUAAUCAACAACUGGGAUUUCUAGAGUGGGGCAAUUAAAUGAAUUAAGUCCUUUUCUCUAUUUCUAUACGAACUUGGACCCGUAUUACAUGCUUUAAUGCACUACCCUACUUCUUUUUUUGUCUCAUAAAUAUGCACUGUUGAAAUUAGGGUACAUCUAAUACACCUGUACAUCUUUUAUGCCAUGAAAUUCGCUAGUUUUUAUUUUUAUAUUGGUCAGUUAAUGAAAUAAUUAGUCCGUUUAGUUUGUCACAGUUCGUUAAAGGGAAAGAGAAAAGAACUAACAAGUGUAACUUUAAAAAAAAAUUCGAUUUGUUUUUGUGUAUUAUUUUAAUUUGUAAAUCAUGUGUACUUGUAUUAUUACAUUAUCUGUAUAACGUGUUUAAAAAAAAAAAUACAUGUCCUCUCUUUUAUGCGAUUUCAUUCACUUUUCAGACAAGAUGUUUAAAUUUAAGCUCUGUUUUUAGUUAUUUUUUUUUAAUUAACUUAUUAAUUAAUUAGUUUAUUUAUUUUAAGAGACAGGGAAGUUUUUAAUUUGUAUUUUUCAUUAUUUUUGUUUAUUUUUUGCAUUUUUCAGAUUGUGAACUGCAUAAAUAAUUUUUUUUUUUAUGAAGAAAACAUGCCAAGAAUUUUAUGUCAAUAAAGUAAUAACCUUUACAAAAGACAUAAAUAAAAACAAAGAUAAAAACGAACAAAA